UUCGUUUCUCUCGCCAACAAGCAACUCUCUCUCUCUCUCUCUCUGGAUGUCGUUCAUGGAUACGUCGUCGUCGUCGGCCUCCGUCAUUGUCAUAGGCGCUGGAAUCUCUGGUAUUUCGGCGGCAAAGGUGCUCGCGGAGAACGGAGUACGAGACGUGUUGAUUCUGGAGGCAACGGACCGAAUCGGCGGGAGGAUCCGGAAGGAGAGCUUCGGCGGCGUGUCGGUGGAGCUCGGUGCCGGUUGGAUCGCUGGAGUCGGAGGUAAGGAGUCGAAUCCUGUGUGGGAGCUGGCUUCGAGGUUUAAUCUUCGUACGUGCUUCUCCGAUUACAGCAAUGCCCGUUACAAUAUCUACGAUCGGAGUGGAAAAAUCAUCCCGAAUGGACUGGCUACUGACUUGUAUAAGAAGGCUGUCAACUCGGCUAUUCAGAAGCUGAAGAGCUUGGAGUCUAACCGUGACGAUGAUAUCUGCAAAGCCGCCGAAGCACCUUCGUCACCGACGACGCCGAUAGAACUUGCCAUUGAUUUUAUCCUACAUGAUUUCGAGAUGGCAGAGGUUGAGCCAAUAUCAACGUAUGUGGACUUUGGUGAGAGGGAAUUUUUGGUUGCUGACGAAAGAGGCUACGAACAUUUGCUGUACAAGAUGGCUGAAGAAUUUCUUUAUACAUCUGAGGGUAAAAUCCUGGACAAUCGACUCAAAUUCAAUAGGGUUGUUAGGGAGGUACAACACUCGAGGAAUGGGGUCGUAGUGAAAACAGAGGAUGGUUCCGUAUACGAAGCUAAUUAUUUGAUCGUGUCUGCUAGUAUUGGAGUUCUCCAAAGCAAUCUCAUUUCCUUCAAGCCCUCUUUGCCCAGAUGGAAAACCGAAGCAUUACACAAAUGCGAUGUGAUCGUGUACACGAAGAUCUUCCUCAAGUUUCCGUACUGUUUCUGGCCUUGUGGUCCGGGUAAAGAGUUCUUCAUCUAUGCACAUGAACGACGAGGCUACUACACAUUUUGGCAGCACAUGGAAAAUGCUUAUCCAGGCUCCAAUCUUCUCGUCGUGACGUUGACCAAUGGGGAAUCCAAGCGUGUGGAAGCUCAGUCCGAUCGUGAGACUCUCAGAGAAGCAAUGUCUGUUCUAAGAGACAUGUUUGGUCCGAACAUACCCAAUGCCACAGAGAUUCUCGUCCCAAGAUGGUGGAACAACCGGUUCCAACGCGGCAGUUACAGCAAUUACCCGAUUAUUUCCGAUAACCAGCUCGCUAAAAACAUUAAAGCCCCGGUUGGCAGGAUUUUCUUCACUGGUGAACAUACGAGCGAGAAGUUCAGCGGAUAUGUUCAUGGUGGAUAUCUCGCAGGUAUCAGCACGAGUAAAUCGUUGUUGGAAGAGAUGGAGGAGAAAGAGAGACGGAACGAGAACUCCAGCUUCUUGUUAGAGCCAUUGCUUGCCUUCACCGAGUCGCUAUCUUUGACGACGCAGACCGACUCCAAAGUCUCGAACCUCCACAAAUGCGACAUCCCGAACCAGUUUUACCUCAGCCAAAAGCUCGGAAUCCCCGAGGCAAUCUUAUGACUAGAUGAACCUGAGCUCGACAACGUUUCUGACUAUUAUAUCGGCCAUGAUGAUCGUGACACCGGAUACAAACUGAAAGGAAACAUCGAUUGGAAACAAAGGUCGGAAUGGGUGAACAACUUUCCCGAAACCCGCUAUUGAAGAUGUAACGAAGCUUGCUGCAAAGAGAGAAUGACGGGAUCGGAAAGACCUAUAAGUCGAUGAAAAAUUCUCGGGAAGCCUUCCGGAACUUAGCAGUGCUAAUAACCAGCAGCUGCAAAGAAGGCUCUAAGGUUUGCUCUAUUCUUUGGGUGAGAGAGAGAUAGAAAAGAGUUGCAUUGCAUACCCAACUUCGAAAUUUAUUGCAAUUCGUACGAAGCAGCUUAACAGGUAUGAUUUGUCGAAUUAUAAUAUAGGUACUUAUACAGAAGGUUUGCCGUUUGCUAUUCAACCAUACUUGAACUAAAGUGCAAUUGUAAGAAAGCGACGACUUGUUUCAUGCAUGAACAUGAAGAACCUUUUCCAGUUAUAGGUGUCUGUAUUGUCUCCA